CCAAUCAGACGGCAGCAGCCCGGGCCCAGCCAGCCAAUAGGGACUCAGGUCUGGGUAUAAAUGCUUAAGUCCAUCACCUGCCAAAGUUGGGCAACCCCUACAUUCGGUGGACAGGAUCUGAUCCCAGGAUCUGUUACGCUUUCCUUUCUCCUGAGCAGACAGAGAAAGAGCCGCAGCCAUGGCAAAGAACUGCCACAACGACUACAAGAUGAAGUUCUCUGUGGACGAGGAGUUUCCUGAUCUGUCCCUGCACAACAACCACAUGGCCAAGGUCCUGACCAAGGACAUCUACGCCAAGCUGAGGGGCAAAUCCACCCCCAGCGGCUUCACCGUGGACGACGUGAUCCAGACCGGCGUGGACAACCCUGGUCACCCCUUCAUCAUGACCGUGGGCUGCGUUGCUGGUGAUGAGGAGUCCUACGAGGUCUUCAAGGAGCUGCUGGACCCCGUCAUCUCUGACCGUCACGGUGGAUACAAACCCACAGACAAGCACAAGACCGACCUGAACUUCGAGAACCUGAAGGUGAGCGAGGACUCGCCUGCAGCUUAUUGGUUGACCAACGCAGUAGUAAUGUGUCCGUGGCUCCUCCUCCCUCAGGGCGGCGAUGACCUGGACCCCAACUACGUGCUGUCCAGCCGCGUCCGUACCGGGCGCAGCAUCAAGGGAUUCACCCUGCCCCCCCACAACAGCCGCGGGGAGCGCAGAGCCAUCGAGAAGCUGUCCAUCGAGGCUCUGUCCAGCCUGGACGGAGAGUUCAAGGGGAAGUACUACCCCCUGGAAGGCAUGACCGACGCCGAGCAGGAGCAGCUGAUCGCUGACCACUUCCUGUUUGACAAGCCCGUGUCCCCCCUGCUGACCUGCGCUGGAAUGGCCCGUGACUGGCCCGACGGCAGAGGCAUCUGGCACAACGACAACAAGACCUUCCUGGUGUGGGUGAACGAGGAGGACCACCUGCGCGUCAUCUCCAUGCAGAAGGGCGGCAACAUGAAGGAGGUGUUCAGACGCUUCUGCGUCGGUCUGCAGAAGAUCGAGGAGAUCUUCAAGAAGCACAACCACGGCUUCAUGUGGAACGAGCACCUGGGCUACAUCCUCACCUGCCCCUCCAACCUGGGCACCGGCCUGCGCGGCGGCGUGCACGUCAAGCUGCCCAAGCUCAGCACGCACGCCAAGUUCGAGGAGAUCCUGACGAGGCUGCGUCUGCAGAAGCGCGGCACAGGGGGCGUGGACACCGCCUCCGUGGGCGGCGUGUUCGACAUCUCCAACGCCGACCGUCUGGGCUCCUCCGAGGUCUACCAGGUCCAGCUGGUGGUGGACGGUGUGAAGCUGAUGGUGGAGAUGGAGAAGAAGCUGGAGAAGGGAGAGUCCAUCGACGACAUGAUCCCCGCCCAGAAGUAACAACUGACUGAGUGACUGUCCGUUUGCUUUUUUAUAAGUUAUAAUGAACACGUAGCCUGGUUGUAAAGUUCAGCUCUGGUUUUGGCCACUGGCUGCUUCCUGCUUCUUCUGCCGGGAAGACGCUCCACGUCGUUUCUUUCCCGUCUUCUCUGUAACAUCCUGGGAUCAAUCUGUGCAUAGUCUGUUUGAGGCUAUGUCUACACAAAACAGAGGAAAUGGUUGUAAAAUAUAAGUGGACAAUUAAAGUAUGCCCCAUGUAACAUUCACAA